AUGGCCCGGCUUCUUCCCACCUCGCUCCGCCAGCUCAGGAGGCCGCCCCUGGCCAUCAGGGCCCACUCCAGCCAGCCGGACCGGUUCAACUACAUCGCCGACGAGUUCUCGCAGGAGGAGCCCACGACACUCACCCAGGUCAUCGCCCAGUUCUCCGACGGGCCGGCCAUCAAGCUCUACGACGCCGCCGAGCUCGCCCGCUUCAACCAUCCCCCGAGACCGUCGAUCUGUCUCGCCAGGGACUUCAUCCACGACAGCCUCUACAACCCCAACUACGGGUACUUCUUCAACCAGGUCGAGAUCUUCGAUCGCGCCGCCGACCCGCUCCAGACCCCCUCGAGCCCCGCGGGACAGGCCAAGCUCGCCGACUGGGCAGAGAGCUUCGAGGACGAGCUGUAUGCCGAGUACUUCGACCCCACGUCUGGCCUGCAGCACAACCAGCUCCGUAUUUGGCACACGCCAACCGAACUGUUCAAGCCAUGGUACGCUUGGAGUAUGGCCAGCUACAUCGUCCAAAAACAUCUCGAAGAAUCGAAGAGGAAUCGGCAGCCGCCGAAGGAGCUCAAGAUAUACGAGAUCGGCGCAGGGAACGGCACCUUAUGCGUCGGGAUACUGGACUACAUCAAGGAGCACCAUGGGCAGCUGUACGAGCAGACACGAUACACGACGAUCGAGCUGUCGACCCGUCUAGCGGAGCGACAGCGCGCGAAGAUCCGUCUUUCGGGCCACGAGGGACGAGCCCGGGUGGUGAACCGGUCGAUCCUGGGUCUGGCCGGCUGUGCAGAGCUCAAGCAGGGUCCGGAGGAGCCCUGCUGGGUGCUCGGGAUGGAGGUGCUCGAUAACCUCUCGAGAGACGUGGUCAGACGCGACAGAGUCUCCGGCCAGGCCCUCCAGUCCAUCGUGAUCACCGACCAUGAUGGCGACUACCACGAACGCUUCAUCCCCAUCACCCCGCAGAACAAUCCCUCCCUCCUGGCAUACCUCAAGCUCUUCAACUUGCACCCACUCAAUCAUCUCCACCACAGUCGCCCGAAAGUACUCCUCGAACGGCUCUUGGCGAAAUAUCUGCCCUUCAGAUCCAACCUCACCAACCACCAGUUCAUCCCGACCAACUACCUCAUCCUGCUCCAAAACAUCUUCGCUCUCUUCCCCAACCACCGGCUCAUCCUCUCCGACUUCUCCCAUCUCCCGAACACCCUCAACGAUCCCCGGGCGAACCGACUGGGCGCGCCGGUCGUCCAGACGCGCUACAACGGCGUCACGGUUCCGGCGUCGACGUUCCUGGUCCAGCCGGGCAUGUUCGACAUCUUCUUCCCGACCGACUUCGGCGAGCUCGUCACGCUCUACACCCGUCUCCGCCAGCAACACCAGCCGCGAGAACAAGCAGCGCGCGGAGGGCGCGGUCGGGCAGCAGAGGAGGCGCCGGGAAGGCCCGACGUCCAGGUGGCCGUGCACGCCCAGAACAGCCUCCUCGUCGACCUCCUCUCCCGCCCUGCUAUGCACGACAAAAUCCUCAAGAAAUCCGCAGGCGUCGGCCUCGACCUCGACCGUAUCUUCGCCUAUUACCAGAACGUCAAGGUCCUCACUGUCACCUAA